AUGGCGUCUGCACGUUCCUCCAGUGAGCGCUCUGGCUCGAUCCAGUCGCAAGGCAGCCCCAAGACCUCGCUGCACAGCAAGGCGAACCCGAACAUGGCCCUGUUUGAAGAGCAACCUGUCAGCGUGAACAACCAACCGUUGGCCCAGGGCAUGUUCUCGCUCCGGAGCAUGCAGCACACAGACCGCCAAGGAAGGCCCAUUACGGAUCCUGACAUUUCCAACCCAACGCGGAACCGUCUCGAGCGGCCACUAGACACGAUCCGCUCAUUCGAGGCUGCCAUCGAAUCGCAUCGCAGGCAGAACUAG